AUGCAUGAGUACCUCAAGUAUCGGAUAAGCUUGUUUUCUAUGUUCAAUCCAACUCCAACAAGGCUGUCGACAUACCGUUUGCCUACUUAUAUAUUAAAUCUCGCUUCCCCGCUACAUUUCGGGAAGGGCGAUCUGGUUGCCUCGUUGCCUUCAAAUUUCGGGCCGGCAAAAGGGGGGCGAAAACUGGGAGGAAAAAAAACAUGCAGCGAGAGAAAAUGGAGUUGGGAUGACAGUAAUACCGUAGCUGCUCAUGAUGUAGUGAUCUCGGGUACUCGAACAACUAGUUUCUCGCACUCCAGUUUUUAUUUUCAUUUCUUGGCCGAUAGUCACUAUACGCUUGAUGGGAUAUUUCUAUCAGAUGUAAGUGAGAUGAGAGGAGAAUGCGCAUCAAACGAGAAGACAACAUCUUUCUCUGCCCAGCAUCUCCGGUUCAUUUGUGUUCCAGCAUCGUCAUUCGUUUUUAUGUGAUUUCUCGGGUAAGAAGUUCCUAUCCUCCACAACUGUAUGUCACCACCGAGCACUUUGAUGAUGCGAAGAUCCUGUUGUCUC